UCAAUCAAUUACACCAACACCAUAGUGGAUUCAUGGAGCAAGUGAACAAUGUGACAGAAUUCAUCCUGCUGGGCCUGACCCAGGACCCACAUGUGCAGAAACUCCUCUUCGUUGUAUUUUUGAUCAUCUACUUUCUCACCCUGCUAGGCAACCUACUCAUUGUUGUGACCAUCAUCACCAGCCCAGCCUUGGGUUCCCCCAUGUAUUUUUUUCUGUCCUUCUUGUCCUUUGUAGAUGGCUGCUGCUCUUCUACCAUGACCCCUAAAAUGAUAUUUGACUUACUUGCUGAAAAGAAAACUAUCUCCUUUAGUGGGUGCAUGACUCAGCUCUUUGCAGAACAUUUCUUUGGGGGAGUUGAGAUCAUUCUGCUCACAGUGAUGGCAUAUGACCGCUAUGUGGCCAUCUGCAGGCCCCUGCACUAUAUGAUCACAAUGAACAGGCGAGUAUGUGGCCUCCUGGUGUCUGUGGCCUGGGCUGGAGGAUUUCUUCAUGGUCUGAUUCAAACUCUUUUCAUUGUCUGUUUGCCCUUCUGUGGCCCAAAUGUCAUUGAUCAUUUCAUCUGUGACCUUUUCCCCCUCCUGAAACUCUCCUGCACAGACUCUUAUGUCUUUGAUCUCUUUGUGGCUGCCAACAGUGGGCUGAUGUGCAUGCUCAUUUUUGCUAUUCUCAUCACCUCCUAUGUCCUCAUUCUUUGCUCUCUAAAGACUCGCAGUCAUGAAGAACAGAAGAAAGCUCUCUCCACCUGUGCCUCCCACAUUACUGUAGUCAUCCUCUUCUUUGUACCUUGUAUUUUUGUAUACUUUCGGCCCAUGAUUACCUUUCCCAUUGACAAAGUGGUGGCUGUGUUUUAUACUAUGGUGACACCCAUGUUAAAUCCUUUAAUCUAUACUCUCAGAAACACGGAAGUGAAAAAUGCUAUUAGGAAACUCUGGGGCCAAAGAAUCAUCUUGGGCAAUAAUUCAUAUGAAUAG